CGCACGAUUCACACGCCCGUCGGUUAGUGUGAAAAAUGCUGGGCCUGAGACGAGUUCUGCGAUCGGUUGCACUGCGUCAGCUUCGCAGCCUGAGUGGCAAGGCGCAAGGCGAUGUCCUCCCCCAGAGCUGCGAUGUCCUGAUAAUCGGGGGCGGCGGAAUGGGUGCCUCGUCCGCUUUUUGGCUCAAGUCCCGAACGCUACAGCUGGGAAGAAAGCUUAAUGUCCUGGUCGUGGAGCGGGAUUCUGGGUACACCAGUGCUUCUACUGUGCUCUCUGUGGGCGGAGUUCGCCAGCAGUUCUCCCUGGCCGAGAACAUAGAGAUGUCUCUGUUCGGAUACAACUUCGUGGUGAACGGAAGCAAGCACCUGGGGGAUGUGGACCUCUGCUACCAGCCAAACGGCUACCUGAUCCUGGCCUCCGCAAAGGGAGCCCAAAUCCUGGCUCAGAAUUCCAAGCUGCAGAACGAGCUGGGGGCCCGAAACGAGCUACUUGGUCCGGUGGCACUCCGUCGUCGAUUUCCGUGGCUGUCUACGGAGGGUGUGGAGCUGGGCUGCCAUGGGGUCGACAAGGAGGGAUGGUUUGAUCCCUGGGCCCUUCUGAUGGGCUACAAGAAGACCCGCGACCUGGGCGCCCAUUUCGCCAAUGGAUCGGUGGUGGGCUUUGAGUGGAACGACUCAGGAGCCCUAUCCGGAGCAGUUGUAGACGCCGGAGACGGAGUGCAACGAACCGUAAAGUUCGACACCUGCGUCCUGGCAGCUGGAGCAUACUCGGGUCAGGUGGCGCAUCUGGCAGGCAUCGGUGAUCCGGGGGCGAAGGAGAGUUCCCUCAGGGUCGCUCUGCCAGUAGAACCCCGCAAGCGGUAUGUCUAUGUGUUCAGCACACAGGGGCAGAACUGUCCGGAAGUGGCCACGCCUCUGACCGUCGACCCCGAUGGCACCUACUUCCGGCGCGAUGGUCUCUGUGGAAACUUCCUCUGCGGCCGCAGUCCCAGCGAAGACGAGGAGCCGGAGUGCGAAACACUGGACGUGGACCACGGGUACUUCGAAUCGAACGUCUGGCCCACACUGGCGAGCCGAGUGCCGGCCUUCGAGUCGGUGAAAAUCCAGAGCAGCUGGGCGGGCUACUACGACCACAACACAUUCGACGCGAACGGCAUUAUCGGCAGACAUCCUCACUACAGCAAUCUCUUGAUAGCAGCCGGUUUCAGCGGUCACGGUAUCCAGCAGACUCCGGCCGUGGGUCGAGCCAUUUCCGAACUGAUCCUGGACGGCAAGUUCAGCACAUUGGACCUCUCUCGCCUCGGCUUCGAGCGCUUGGUGAACAAAAAGCCCAUGUUCGAGGUGAAUAUUGUUUGACGAAAGCAUUACAGGCGCUAAGAACCCUAUCCUUGUGUGUGUAUGUACUUCUUUUAUUGCAAUUUCUGUUGUGUAUAUAGUAAUUUUGUAUAGUAAAGUUCACGUUUUAGUCACGUA